AUGAGUGAAUUUGAGUCUGACGUGCCAAACAUCCCGGACCAUACUUUGUCCGAGAAGGAAUUUGUGUUGCAGCAUUCGAAGGACAUCGAUAAACUGCAGUUGGCUGAGGAAAUUCUCGCCACCAUCAAGACAAACAACUUGGCGCCAUACUACAAGUACUUGACCACUGAAUUGCCGCAAUAUUUUGCCUUUGAUGCCGACUUGUACAAGUCGAUGAACGAUGUGACAGAGGCUAAGAUUUCAGAGUUGAAGAAAGUCGUCCAGGAGGCCGAAAGCGAGGAGGAAACUGAGGUGGAUGUGGUGACAAGCACCAUCAAGCUUGCCGAGUACUACACUGAAAUCAUCGACCGCCACAAUGCUAUAGAAACGUAUAACAAAGUGUUGCAGUUGUCUCCGAGUACAGGAACUAAGAUUGACGUGUUGUUGACAUUGGCAAGACUUGAUUUCUUCUUCAGAGAUUAUCCAGGAGUUUCCAAACAUUUGUCGGAGGUGGAGUCGUUGAUUGAGAAGGGGGGCGACUGGGAGCGCCGGAAUCGCUAUAAGACUUACCAGGGAGUGUACUACUUGGCCACGCGGAACUUCAGCGAGGCUGCCAAGUUGUUGAUUGACUCGUUGGCCACAUUCACUUCCACUGAGUUGUGUAGCUACGAACAAGUGGCACAGUACUCCAUCAUUGCUGGUGUGCUCACAUUGGGGCGUGUUGACUUGAAGUCUAAGAUUGUUGACUCGCCUGAAAUCUUGUCGAUCUACUCGCAGGCUAAGGACUUGGAGCCCUUGGUGAGCUUGACCAACUCGCUCUACACAUGCCAGUACAACUACUUUUUCCAAUACUUGUUGCAGACCCACGACCAGUUGUUGUUGACCAACAAGUACCUUCGCGUGCACAGCAACUACUUCUUGCGGGAGAUGAGAUGCAAGGCGUAUGCUCAGUUGUUGGAGAGUUACAAGUCUUUGUCGUUGAAGUCGAUGGCCCGCAACUUCAGCGUGACCGAAGAGUUCUUGGACGAGGACUUGUGCAACUUCAUUCCCAACAACAAGUUGAACUGCACAAUUGACAAGGUAAAUGGCAUCAUUGAGACCAAUAGACCAGAUAACAAGAACAGCCAAUACCAUCAGUUGGUGAAGCAGGGAGAUGCGUUAUUGACGAAGUUGCAAAAGUACGGAGCGGCUGUGAAGCUCAGUGGAGCCGAGAGGGUAGCUUAA